AUGGUCGAAGUGAUGUUAAAAAACAAACCGCUGCCACCAAGUGAAGCCUUUGUACAAGGCAAAAGUGCCCUGAAGGGCACUGCAUCACAAAAAUGGUGCCUUUUCCGACUCUUGCCCCAAAUAUUUGGGUCCAGUAUUCCAGAGGGAAAUAAGGACUGGGAAGUAUACCUCCUUUUAAGAGAAAUUUUAGACAUGUUUCUAUCAGACAGGCUUCCAUUGCAGUCACUUUCAUACCUCGAAAUUAAAGUUCAAGAGUUCCUUCGUUCCUUCGUCAGUCGCUACCCAUCUGUCCGUCUCAUUCCAAAGAUGCACUAUCUCAUACAUUACCCCCGCAUGAUAUCUCUUUUUGGACCACUGAAGCAGUUGUGGUGCAUGAGGUUCGAGGCAAAGCACCAAUAUUUUAAGAGCCUUGCAACGCGUAUCAAAAAUUUCAGGAAUAUCUGCAAGACCCUUGCAGAGAGGCACCAGCUGCUCCAAAGCUUUGAGUUCAGUGAAUUAGCUUUAGACGAUGUACUAUCUACAAACAGUGCAAAAUCUGUGGAGAGGGCUGAGCUUCACCCAUGCAUUCAAGAGGCGCUGCCAGUUGGCGUCACCUGGCAGGCAAAGUCAGUGACACUGCGGCAGGUAACCUACAAAGUAGAAGAUGUGCUUUUGAUGCGCAGAGGGGACGAUCCAGAGUUUUGUCAGAUUAUUGGCAUUUUCAUUGUGAGCAAUGAAGUAGCUUUUUUAGUCGAAAGAUUCGAAGUACUAGAAUUCAGAAGGCACCGAUAUUCCUACUUGGUCGCAAGGUGUGGUACAAUGUAUGCUGUGAAACCUGGAGAUGAAGCACUUUCAGAGUGCCUUGACCUCUAUUUUGGAGGAGAACUUGUAACAAGAUGUGAAAUUGUUUUGUUUGAUUAA